UAUGGGACUGGCUGUUUCUGUCACCGCUUCUCUGUCAUGUUCGUUACCGGCAGAGUUUCCGACCAUGGAUCGCGGACCCUGGAUCCCAAAACAAGGACCAUGAGACCCGGUAAACUUCCCAUACCGAGACUAGAUGCACUACUGGCAAUUCUGCUGCUCCUGCAACUGGCUGAAACGACAACAAAUGCUGCAGCGAUGGUGUCCAGCAGGACGGCAGUAGAGAGCAGUUGUCCUCUGGGGCAAUUCCCCUGUGGCAACGUGACGGUGUGUCUGCACCAGGCUCUGCAGUGUGAUGGACACAGAGACUGCCCCAAUGGAGCCGACGAGGAAAACUGUGGGGACAACAGCGGAUGGGCGGACAUCUUUGAUCGAACCGUCAAAAAGGCCGAACAACAGGACCUGCCACCAGAAGACUGCUUCUUGCAGCAGUACCCACAGCGUUGUGACUGUAUCAAGACAGAACUGGACUGUGUGGAAGUCAACCUACAUGACGUUCCUCAAGUCUCCACCAACGUCACCUGGCUGUCUCUGAAGAGUAACAAGAUAAAGAGCUUGUCUGACAACAUCUUCUCCAAAUACGCACACCUGCAGAGACUGUUCCUACAGAACAACAGCAUUCAGACAAUCUCCAGUGAAGCCUUCAGUGGACUCUACAAACUAGAGAAACUGUUUCUUAGUGUCAACUCCAUUUCAUCUCUCAAACUGGGUGUGUUCAGUGAUCUCCGUAAUCUAUGGUGGCUUGUGUUGGAUCAUAACCCUUUGAAAAGUAUCUCCCAAGACACCUUCACCGGCCUCACCUCCCUCAUGUUCCUAUCCAUGGUUAAUACAUCUCUGGUGCAGCUCCCCCAGCCCAGCCUCUGUCACCACACACCUAACCUCAGCUGGGUGGAUUUUGAGGGGAACCAGGUCUUAACCAUCAACUACUCCACUCUGAUAACCUGCAGCCAGCUCACUGUACUGGUUCCUCAACUGGCGGCCCCCAAGAUAUCGCUCAUAAAUACAUUGUUGGACAUCAACGACUGGAAAAGCGAUACAGCUCGUCAGGCGAGGGAUCCUGGGGAGAAGGUCCCGGGUGAGGCGGGGGAGCCUGGGGAGAAUGUCCCAUACGAGGCGAGGGAGCCUGGGGAGAAGGUCCCGGGUGAGGCGAGGGAGCCUGGGGAGAAGGUCCCGGGCGAAGAGAGGGAGCCUGGGGAGAAGGUCCCGGUCGAGGCGAGGGAGCCUGGGGAGAAGGUCCUGGGCGAAGCGAGGGAGCCUGGGGAGAAGGAGCCAGAGCGAGGAUUGGCGUGUGAGCCGGAGCGAGGCAUGGUUUGGGAGCCAGAGCAAGGCAUGGCGUGGGAGCCGGAGCGAGGCAUGGCGUGGGAGUUUGGCGAGCCGGGCCGAGGCAUGGCGUGGGAGCUUGGCGAGCCGGGCCGAGGCAUGGCGUGGGAGCCUGGCGAGCCGGGCCGAGGCAUGGCGUGGGAGCCUGGCGAGCGGGGCCGAGGCAUGGCGAGCCGGGCCGAGGCAUGGCAUGGGAGCCUGGCGAGACGGGUUGAGGCAUGGCAUAGGAGCCUGGCGAGACGGGCCGAGGCAUGGCGUGGGAGCCUGCGAGCCGGCCGAGGCAUGGCGUGGGAGCCGGCCGUGGCAUGGCGUGGGAGCUGGCCGAGCAAAACGAGGCUUUCGAGCCAGCUGAGGCAUAGAAGCCUGACGAGCCAGCUGAGGCAUCCCCGAUUGCUACUCGACAGCGAGCUGCACUGGGAGAUGGGACGCAAGUACAGCCCUGGCAACAUCUUCUCCACCAGCCCUGGCAACAUCUUCUCCACUAGCCCUGGCAACAUUUUCUCCACUAGGCCUGGCAACAUCUCCCCCCCUCCCUGUCCUGGCAACAUCUUCUCCACUAGCCCUGGCAACAUCUUCUCCACUAAUCCUGGCAACAUCUUCUCCACUAAUCCUGGCAACAUCUUCUCCACUAGCCCUGGCAACAUCUUCCCCCGAGGUCCCUGGAACAUAUCCCAUAAUCCUUUGUUCCACAUCUACCCGGGUCACUUUGACGACCUGACCCAGCUCCAGUCCCUGGGUCUGGAGGGUAUUGAGAUUCCAAACAUCCAGACCAAGAUGUUUCUACCCAUGGGAAACCUCUCACACAUGUAUGUUCUCUAUCUUAUCCCCCAUUCUCUACCAGGGUCUCUGUGUGGGUCAUGGCCUUCAUCACAUGCUUCGGGAACUCUACUUCUCAUCGGGAUGAGAUCCCUGAUCAGAGCGGAGAACAACCUGCACGCCGCCUGCAUCAAAGUCCUCUGCUGUGCAGACUGUCUGAUGGGUGUGUACCUGUUCUUUGUCGGUGUGUUUGAUGUGAAGUUCCGAGGGGAGUACAAUCGUAACGCUCUCCUGUGGAUGGAGAGUGUGGAAUGUCGAACCAUCGGAUUCCUGGCUAUGCUCUCCUCAGAGGUAUCUGUUCUGCUGCUGACCUACCUGACUGUGGAGAAGUUCCUGGUCAUCGUGUUUCCCUUCAGUCACCUGAGACCUGGAAAACUACAGACUGCGGUGGUGCUGUUAUCUAUCUGGGUGCUGGGGUUCAUCAUCGCCGUGGUUCCCCUGAUGAACGAGGACCUGUUUGGGAACUACUAUGGUCGUAACGGGGUCUGCUUCCCCCUACACUCUGACAGACAGGAGAAGCCCACUGCUAAAGGAUACUCUAUCGGAAUAUUCCUUGGUCUGAACCUGGCAGCGUUCCUAGUGAUAGUGUUCUCUUACUCCUCCAUGUUCUACUCCAUCUACAAGACUGGUAUCAACGCUACAGACCUGAGGAGCAGGCUACACAGAGACGUGGCUGUAGCUAACAGGUUCUUCUUCAUCGUCUUCUCUGACGCCCUCUGCUGGAUCCCCAUCUUCCUGGUCAAGAUACUGUCCCUGUUGCAGGUCGAGAUACCAGGUACCAUCUCAUCCUGGGUGGUGAUCUUUAUAUUACCCAUCAACAGUGCCCUGAACCCCAUCCUCUACACUCUGACUACCAGCUUCUUCAGAGAACAGGUGGAGGUCCUGCUGUGUCGUUGGCAGAGAAGGUCGACCCUGAAGAAGAGCAGGAAGAGCCUGACCUCUACUGUAUACAUAGAGGACUCAAGGAAUACACUCAACCAGCCUCCAGCAUACCUACCUACUGUACCCCGGGUGCCACUGGCUGAUAUGGAUCCUCGCUACGGGUGAAGGGGAGGUGGUAUGAGAGGGGGCCCCUCGUCAUAAGAAGGAGGGAGGGAGAAAGGAGGAGGGAGAGUAUGAAUGAGAGACAGGGGGGGAAAAAUGUCGGCCCCCCUAAUGACCUAUCUGCCCAGCAUGUCUGAUAUGGCUCAUUUGCUACCAGUGAGAGAGAACUAGACCGCUGCAUAUGAAUGGCCCGUUAGGACCAGGGCUGUUCUGAAGGGGUGCUGUUUUGAGACUAAUGGAUAGGGUGAUUACUACCGCAAAUCAAAAUGCCCUUUUGGGUACAAUAACCUAUUAGUUCUCAAAAGCUCUAAGCCUUUCAACUGGAGCAAACUCACCUCUUCCACAGUACAGUACCAAUGACACAAAUGGUACACAGACAAAUGUGUAGCGCCCACCUGUCGGGGACGGGGAGGAUGAACGGUGUGUUUACAUAUGAACUUUUCGUCAACAAACCUCUCUUUGUUUGUUUGUACAUAUUCUACUCAAUUGUGUGUUCCUUUGAACCUUCUAGAUUAGUGUUUCUUGUUUCUUAAAACAAAUCUACUUUGAAGGAAAACGUAUACACCUCACACACGUGGUUAUGGGCGAAGAAGUUAACCUGAACCAUGUCAGAUAGUUGAAAAUGUAUUCAAUGGCGAGUUUGCAUUCCAGUAUUGAACUUUAUGUACAUCACAUAAGACUGAACUAUAACAAAACCGUUUGACAUAGAAACAUCGGAUUUAUCGGCUUUAAUUAUUUUUUACAAUUUUAAAUGUUUAUUAAUUAUGCAAUUAUGAAAAAUAUUGAUAACAUUUCACCCAUAACGCCACCAGAGGGCGAUUUGGUCAUUUUACUGCAGGAACUAGUGAACUUUCUCCCUAAUCUGCGUACCAAAUGGCACCCGGUUUCCUAAGUAGGGCAUUACAUUUGACCAGGGCCCAGAGUAUAUUAUAGGGAACAGGGUGCUAUUUGGGAUACUUCCCUGGUUCUCUGUUCCUUGACUCUUACCUGGAAUGACCCGUCUGUGUGCUGUACAUUGGGAUACUUCCCUGGUUCUCUGUUCCUUUACUCUUCCCUGGAAUGACCCGUCUGUGUGCUGUACAUUGGGAUACUUCCCUGGUUCUCUGUUCCUUUACUCUUCCCUGGAAUGACCCGUCUGUGUGCUGUACAUUGGGAUACUUCCCUGGUUCUCUGUUCCUUUACUCUUCCCUGGAAUGACCCGUCUGUGUGCUGUACAUUGGGAUACUUCCCUGGUUCUCUGUUCCUUUACUCUUACCUGGAAUGACCCGUCUGUGUGCUGUACAUUGUCAGCUUUAUCUUAGCCGACUCUGUCGGUGCCAAUGUGUGUAUUACAUCUCUCUUUACCUGCGACUGUACAUGAGUAGCCUGAGGAAGAAUGGCUCACAGGGCAGGACCCCCUGUUUCUGUAGAGUGAAGCAGCUUCAACGAACAUCCUUACAGGAAAAUCACGUUUUACGGUAAACACUUCACGGGAUGAUAUUUCACAUUUAGUUUCAUGUGGAUUUUCACACUAACCUUACCAUUACAUUUCUCACAUGAUAUUUCACAUGAAGUGUCACAUGUGGAUUCAAUUUUUUUUUCUAGGAGAGAUUCACAAGCCCUGCAAAAGUCAUUAAUAUUCAACAUGUCCUCAACUGGGAUUUGAACUCACAACCUCUUGGUUCACAGCCAUUCUAAUCUUCCUGCUUAGUCAUUAAUAUUCAACAUGUCCUCACCUGGGAUAUGAACUCACAACCAUUCCAAUCUUCCUGCUUAGUCAUUAAUAUUCAACCUGUCCUCACCUGGGAUAUGAACUCACAACCAUUCCAAUCUUCCUGCUUAGUCAUUAAUAUUCAACAUGUCCUCACCUGGGAUAUGAACUCACAACCAUUCCAAUCUUCCUGCUUAGUCAUUAAUAUUCAACAUGUCCUUAACUGGGAUUUGAACUCACAACCUCUUGGUUCACAGCCAUUCUAAUCUUCCUGCUAGGCCACCAUGUCAGUAACUGAUUUCACCUGUAUUGCUACACUUUGGUCUUCAAAGUAAAUCUGAGUUUAGUUAAUAAGGAUUGGUGUCCCACUAGCAGGACAACUUCGGGUGAAACUGGAGAGCGUGCAAUUCAAAUAAAUAUUAUGGAUUUUAAACAUUUAUGUACAUACAAGUGUCUUACAUCGGCUGAAAGCUUAAAAUCUUGUUAAUCUAACUGCACUGUCUGAUUUACAGUAGCUUUUACAGCGAAAACAUAACAUGCGGUUGUUUGAGGACGGCGCCCCACAUCAAAAUAUCUUUCCACCGGCACAGGUUUAAUACAUUCACAUACAACGAUAAAAAAUUAUUACUUUUUUUUAAAUCGGAUUUGUCAUCCAAAGGGUCCCAGCUAUAACAUGUAGUGCCGUUUUGUUAGAUAAAAUCCUUCUUUAUAUCCCAAAAAGUCUGUUUAGUUGGCGCCAUCGAUUUGAGUAAUCCACUCGUUUAACUUGCAGAGAAAGGAAUCUGAAAAUCUACCCCUAAACUUUGUUUCAACAAGUCAAAAUACGUUUCUAUGUACUCCUCAGAUACACUAAAAUGUAAUCAAACUAUAAUAUUUCUUAUUGCAUCCAGGGAGAUCAUUUUCAAUAUGAGCUUUCUCUUGCAAUUCUAAGAGGAUGGUCUCUCAAAAGGAUUUGGAUUUUCUCCUACCAUAUGUUAUAUUCUCCUACCUUAUUUUAACAGUUCUACAAAUGUCCAAGUGUUUUAUUUCUAAUGGUACCAAUUAUACGCAUAUCCUGGCUUCUGGGCCUGAGCUACAGGCAGUUUACUUUGGGAAUGUCAUCCAGACAGGAAGUGGAGAAAAAAGGGGCCUAGCCCUAAGAAGUUUAAAAAAGUGGAUAUUCUACAGUCCACAUGUCUGUUACUGUAUAUUCUACAGUCCACAUGCCUGUUACUGUAUAUUCCACAGUCCACAUGCCUGUUACUGUAUAUUCUAUAGUCCACAUGACUGUUACUGUAUAUUCUACAGUCCACAUGCCUGUUACUGUAUAUUCUACAGUCCACAUGCCUGUUACUGUAUAUUCUACAGUCCACAUGUCUGUUACUGUAUAUUCUACAGUCCACAUGCCUGUUACUGUAUAUUCUACAGUCCACAUGCCUGUUACUGUAUAUUCUACAGUCCACAUGCCUGUUACUGUAUAUUCUACAGUCCACAUGCCUGUUACUGUAUAUUCUACAGUCCACAUGUCUGUUACUGUAUAUUCUACAGUCCACAUGCCUGUUACUGUAUAUUCUACAGUCCACAUGCCUGUUACUGUAUAUUCUACAGUCCACAUGCCUGUUACUGUAUAUUCUACAGUCCACAUGCCUGUUACUGUAUAUUCUACAGUCCACAUGUUUGUUACUGUAUAUUCUACAGUCCACAUGCCUGUUACUGUAUAUUCCACAGUCCACAUGUCUGCACAAAAUACCCCAUAAUGACAAGCAAAAACAGGUUUCUUUUUAUUUUGCAAAUGUGUGUAAUAUAUAUAUAUAUAU